AUGACACUAGUGGACGGCCAAGUAAAUAAUAGCGGUUUGUUCGACAUUCCGGAUGAUCUCAUCACUCCCAAACAAGACAACAUCUACACAACGUCAGCUCGUCAGUUUGCCGCCUUCCACAAGCGCUACCUGCAAUUUCCGCUGCCCAACGAUAUCCUGUUUCCUUGGCUUCAUGGCGUCGAUGGCUACAGCAACCAGCAAAACCUAUUUUUUGGGGUAAGAAGAAGCUUGGUCCCAAAGUACCGUGGCUUGAUGGUGAUCCAUUGUGAAGAUUCAGAAACCACAUCUCGUCUGAUGGAGACUGUAUUACCUCACCAAGUGCUGUUCAUGGAACCGCCUCAUCAAUACGAAUUCAUCAACAGCUACAAAAAGGAUGUCUCCAUCAACCUGCGCAACUUCCAGAACCAAAUCUCGAGAUUUUCGACCAUUUGCGAUCUUGUGCUGUAUGGCACCCAUGCGCAACAUUUGGCAACUGAAUUAGCGGCUGCUCAACGAAAAUUGCAUCAGGAGAGGCUGGCCCAGAUCGAGGCAGUGCAGAAGAGUGCGGGCAAAAGAGCUGUGGUCAACGCAAACACCUUGAUCUACAAGACUAUUGUGAUUGAAGACGAAUUCUCGGUAUUUGAAAGAGACUAUCCUGAACUGGUCAUGUACGAUUCCACUGGAUUACUGAUGCACAGAAGGGAUUUUGUGGAAUUGGAGAACCUUCAUAUGAGGAAGAUGAGUAAAGCAACCGAAGUGACAAGGAACAUUUGGGUUGGAAACACACAAGAUGCGCCUGUCUCUACACACGACAUUGGCAUGUCUUCUAUCUCAUCAUGUUCAUCCGAAUUUAGCCAUGAAGAAGAUGUGAAUCCCCAUCAAUUUUCUAUCUGUAUUGAAGCACAUGAUUUAGCUGAUAUGCCACUGCCAUCUACGCUGACAUUGGCUCGUGAAACAUUGAAUGAUUUAAAAGACGGCCAGAUGCCCCCAGAGAUGAUCCAUUUUGACGUGUAUGCCACUGGUGUACCCAAUGAAAAAUCCGAGUUUGACGCUUUUUACGCUCGGCUGCACCAACUGCUGUUGUUUAUGGAAGACCAAGCUGCACACGACCGUAGAAUACUGAUACACUGCUCUGAUGGCUACACAGAAUCCAGCUUACUGGCACUCACGUGGAUCAUGUAUCACUGCAAACUACAGUUACCAGAAGCUUAUCUCUACUUGCAGCGCAUACGCUCAUUCUUUGUCUAUGCCGCUGAUGUGCCCACUUUACGCAGGAUUGAGCACAUGUUGUUUGAAGAUCAUGAUAGCAUUGAGCCACAACCCAAGCGAAAAAAGAGUACCACAGCGGAUGCAUCAGAGGCCAUCAAGCGAUUGAGUGUGGGAGGAGUGACGCUGAAUGCCAAUGCGGAUAGUGAAGAGGACGGAGACGACGACGACAACGUUGGGCAAGUGGAAGGUCAACAAAUGAAGACACAUGCAUUUGUGUCAUCACCUAUCAGAGCAGAUCAUCGACAAUUACUAGACGAUGCCUAUAUCAAUACCAUCUCCAACACAGAUGUAGAUGAAAAGAUACCGGACAAUAUAUAUAGACAAUCGCAACUUUCACCUAGCAAAGAGGAGGAAAGGCUCUUUCCUUGGUUCUAUUCGCCUCGAUUCGAAGGUUCAUUUCCAUCCAGGAUAUUGCCCUUCUUAUACCUGGGUAAUCUGAAUCAUGCGACCAAUCCAGCCAUGUUGAAAGCACUCAAUAUCACACAUAUUGUAAGUGUAGGUGAAAAGGCAGAUUUGGACAGCAGUGCAUUUGAACUCUUGUUUUUGGAUAAUUUGUAUGAUGAUGGCAUUGAUUCUAUUCAAAGUCGGUUAUCAAAUGUCUUGGAUUUCGUUGAAGAUGCUCGGCUAAAGGGAUCCACUUGCUUGAUCCAUUGCAGAGUGGGCGUGAGCCGUAGUGCAGCCAUCACCAUCUGUUAUGUCAUGAAGCAUUUGAAGUUCUCGUUGGUGCAAGCUUAUCUGUUUGUUCGAGCACGUCGUUUAAAUGUCAUUAUUCAACCCAACUUGAAAUUCAUGUAUGAAAUGCUCCAGUUAGAGCAAAAGAACAAAGGAGAGCUGUCCAUCACUUGGCCUGUAUUAUGUGGGGAGAUCCAUAACUUGAAUUCUGCAUACAGAGAUACCAGUACUUUGCCAUGA